GGCUUCGACGGUCGCCCGCAGAGCGGCUCGCUUUCUGUCGCCGGCUUUUCACUUCUCUUACAAACUCCCACGCUCUCAUUUCCUUCCUUCCUCCCUCUGAUAAUUUCUUCUUUCCCCUUGGAGCUCCCCAAACACUGGAGAGAAGAGGAGGCGGAGAGGAACAGCAAAAUGAUGCUCCAACACCCAGGUCAGAUAUCAGCUUCAGAAGUUAGUGCCUCUGCAAUUGUUCCAUGCUUGUCUCCUGCAGUAUCUCUGGGAUUUGAAGACUUUCCAAAUCUAAACCCAUUGGUGAAAGAAGAAUUAAGAUUUGCUAUCCAGAAUAAGCGCCUAUCCCACAGGAUGCCCUCCACAUUGGACACCGUGACGGUUUCUGAUAGACCUGGUGAAAUGUCCCUAUUUAAAGCAGAGGGUGCACCUGAGGAAGAUGAAAGGAAAAGACGCAGAAGGGAAAGAAAUAAGAUUGCAGCAGCAAAAUGUCGAAAUAAAAAGAAGGAAAAAACUGAAUGUCUACAGAAAGAAUCAGAAAAACUGGAAACCAUCAAUGCAGAACUGAAAGCUCAGAUAGAGGAGUUGAAGAAUGAGAAGCAGCAUUUGAUCUACAUGCUGAAUCUGCACAGGCCCACUUGCAUUGUCCGAGCCCAGAAUGGGAGGACACCAGAGGAUGAAAGAAACCUCUUCAUUCAGCAAAUCAAAGAAGGAACUUUACAAGGCUAAGUGACACUUAUGAGACAAUACGUGACACCGUUAGGGCAUGUCAUUACAUCAAAAAGCUCCUAAGCCAGAAGCCGUGAAGAAGCUAUCUUGGUACUCAUGGUCUCCUGUAAGACAAGAGAAAGCAAAGGAGAUGAUGACAUUUCUAAGCAGAAAAGUGUUGGUUAGCUUAGCUGCUGUUCUCCCUGUUUGACAAGAGUCAACUAGGUUGAAAAGAGGCUUCUGCCUUUGCUUCAGAUUUAAGUAUCUGCCAUGCCUUCUGAUUCCUAGAAGCCAUACUCACGACAGUAACAGACAUGCUAAAACGCUGCUGGCAUGUGGUAUAUGCACUUGAGUUAUUUCUAGUAGAACACUAGGACUCUGAGCGAUGCACAGCAUACAGAUAACCAGGCUGAACGGACACCACUCUUCCUUGAGUCGGGUAGGAAAUGUAGAUGGAGCAGGAUUUUUUUGUUUGCUUUGUAUUCUCAAAAGAAAGAGGUCUGCAAUGCCCGGAAUGCUGCUUUCAAUCAAAAAGGCGUUGCGAUAAAACAGGAAUUACUAUAUUUCUGCAACCUAGUGCAAUGUUCUAAACUACACACUGUGCUUUCAGUUUUUACGGAAACCCUUCUGUGGGUUUUUUUAUGACUCAUUUUGGAGGCAAAUUGGGGGAUGAUAUGACAGGUACCAGUUUCUUGCAAAAUUGUUCAUUGAACGAAAUCUGAAUUUACAGAACAGGAACGUUAUCCCCUUUGGCUUCUUUGUAAAAGGGGAAAUUCCCUUUGAGAACUCGAUUUAUGAGUCACAUUUACAGUAUUCAGAAGAACUUUACAAAACGCAAGCAAUUUCCUAUUCAGUAUUGAAAUUAAAGGCCCUCCUAUUAUGUUCACCAUAUCUUGCACUCUUUUAAAUCUUUCUUUGGCAUAUGGGCUCCUUUUCCUGAGCAAGAAACUGGUUGUUGUCAGUUCACAUAUGUUAAUCGAUGUGUAUGUGUUAAUUGCACGUGUACUCAAAACUCCCCAAUGACUAGUUCUAUGGGUAUGCUACAAAAAAGGGUUAAAAAAGAUCUUGAGCCAAAUAGACUCAAGUUCUCCAUAGUUUGAUACCAGCCUUGGAACAUGGAGUUUCUCACAUCGUGUUGCUGCUACUGACCAAAAGCUGGACCUGCUGAACUUCAAUGUCAGCUUAAGGAUUCAGGAGAAUGCUUCAAAGCUAGGCAUUGGUAUCCCUUAUAAGUUGUUCGAAAAACUAUAGUUAUGUUCUUCUAAACAAGUGGAGGACAAUGUUGUUAAUCAGAUUAAAUUUCCCUUAAUCAAUGUUGGCUCAUAGAAUACUACAGAUAAACAAGAUUGCCAGUGGGUUCUGAUGCCCUCCCCUGAAUCUGGGCGCCAUGUGCCUAACACAUCUCUGCCAGUACAUGUCCAUCCAUACUCAGUGAUAGAAUCAGGCAGAGAGCUGUGCUUUGUAUAAAUUCUCUUUUGGGUGUAAUCUUUACAUGCUGUACUGGUUGCCUACUGGGACUUUGGUGAGCAAAAUUCUCACUUAUGAAAACUAGAUCCAAAAUCCUGAAGAAAAAAAAAGAUGUCAGGAAUACUUUUAAGUUUCUGUCAGUGCCAUCCUAAGCAGGCCCCACACCCUUAACUGAAGUCAGCGGGCUCAGAUAGGUAUAACUUUGCUCAGGCUUGCACUAGAUGUGUAAAUCCUCUUUAUUCCCUUUUAUUAUUUGCAGGAUUCUUUGCCAUCACUCCACCAGGAUUUGUUCCUCUCAGUAAAUGAUACACAUAAUAGAAAGUUUUCUAAUUGCUGCUGUUUAUUGUUUUCCAAAGUGACGGUAUUUGCAGUUAGCUAAAGUUACCCUGCAUUAAAGAAUCAUCUUAAUAGGAGUAUUUACACUUUUAAAAUAAGGACUUUUUUAUUUUUUUAAAAAACCCUUAUUAUAGAUGUUUAGAGCUUUUUGCUUCACUGGAGAACUAGUUAUGACUAGUAUUUAAGAUCUGGUAUUCUUGUAAAAUUCUAAAAUUACUUAAUCCUAUUAAGUGUCAUUAUUAGUUUUUCUCAGCAGAAAAUAGUGGCUCCAGUUCAGGAAGGGUAAACUGUAGGUGGAAAUAUGAACUUACGUGGCAUCAGAUUAUUGGUAGUUACUGUAAUGCCUCUAACGGCAGAUUUCAACCCUUCUCUGUGGUGUCCUUUUUUCAAACUGGAGAUGGUAGGAACUGGACCAGGGACCUUCUGCAUGUAUAGCCUGUGCUCUGCCUUUGAACUGUGGACCUUUUCCUGAUCCCUACAGGUUUUUGUGCACAGAUCUUCUCAGUAAGAUCCUGUUUGGCCCAAUAACGCUGAUCAUUUCUGUAGGCACGUGCACACGCGGGCAUAGGUGAAAUUUGAGAUACCUCUUAUCCUUCCCUUCCUCACAGGCCAUGUUUCCUGUCAUGGACAAUGCCAACCAUUUCAUUAGCGGGGAAGAAUUUGCUGCAAUGGCAUCUCUGAAUUGGAGCCAUUAUGGGUUAAUUUAUCAUUAUUUCUAAGCUGUAGAGACAAUACAUACUGCAAACAAAAUAAGCUGGAAGUGCAGAUAGAACGCCGUUAUUUUUCCUUCGUGAUGUUUAACGCUUUAUUCAUAAACUUCAGUGCUCCAGUUUGACAAACCACUGAUUUAAAGAUAACAAAGCAAUCCAAUCACUUUUUUGGUGAGAUCUGAACAAAAGACAUUUUAUAAAAUAUUAGUAAAACAGACUCUGCCAGUGUAAAAGCUGAUAUAUAUAUAUUUAAAAGCUGAAACUUGAGUUCAAAUUUUGGGAACUAAAAGUAGGCAAUUUUGAAAAUCUAGGGGUUUUUUUUGGUUCUAGUUCAGACUUUGUAUAAUAUCCCCCAAACUUGAAAUCCCCACCUGAAACAAGCUAGUUAUAAUAUUAAAAAUUAGUUUAGAGAUUUCAAUCAUAAGUUCCAAAAUUUUAAUUUUGAAAAUCAAAUUUCUUAUUAAAAUUCAACUCUGUGUGAAGGAUUUUCCUACCUCUGUCAAACUUAUUUCAGUUUUUUUCUGAAGGAUUUUUGAAGUCUCUGGCUGUUUAAUCACAUAAUCAAUUAAACAAAGGAGCUUGCAUGUCAAAAUACUUUAUUUAUAGUCCUGUAUUUAAAAAACACACACAUAUACUUGAUACCUCAAAUGAGUAGUCUCUAAACUUUUGGCUAGUGUUUGCUUGAGCAUGAUUUCUGUUUAUCGCACUUUGACUUUUUACCUUCUGCAACAGAACUAAAUAUGCUUUCCAUGAUCUGGAUAUAUUGUAAUGUCCAAUACUGUUCCCAAAGUGUGUCCUGUGUAGCAAAAAUGGAAGGAAGUGGGCCAAAUUCAGUUUCACUAGAGUGUGAUUUUUUUUCUUUCUUUCUUUUUUGCACCAUAACCUAUAUUUGGCCAUCUAACAGUUUUUUCCUUGCAUCCUGUUGGACAGUAGAUUCCUACGACUUCUGCACUGAUUGUUAAAUACAAAUGCAAAAGUGGGGUAGGUUUGGAGUUUUGGUUCAACAAUGAACAUGCACAUACGAAGCUGCCUUAUACUGAAUCAGACCACUGGUCCAUGAAAAUCAGUAGUGGCAGUAGCUCUCCAGGCUCUCAGGUGGAAGUCUUCAUAUCACCUGCUACCUGGUCCUUUUAACUGGAGAUGCUGGGAAUUGAACCUGGAACCUUCUGUAGGCAAAGCAGAGUCUCUUCCACUGAGCUACAGUGGAACUUGAACAAUGAUAAUUUGCUGUAUAACUACAUGCAAUUUGUUAACUUUGUCAAAAGAAUUCUUAAGUAGCUUUCUGCAAUUAUGAAUAGCCAGGCUAUACCCUGACUCCUUAUGUCUUCCUGAAUUUGUUGUAUAAGAAAACUAUGUGGAAAGGCCUUUUGAAUUUGUUGCUAUUAUUAUUAUGGGUAAGAUCCAAAGAACUGUGAGGAGAAAGAAAAUAGCAGCUAGUGCUGUGCUGCAAGUGUUGGUGGAAAAAUUUUACAAAGCACUAUAAUACUAUAAUAGAGUGGUUCUAUAACUUGUUUCUGCCAGGGCUUGUGUAAGUGGGAGAACAUUUUUGGGUUUCAAUUUACAUUUCUCAUGCAGCACUCUAUUGUGAAGUAAGAUAUGACUCUUUUAUGAACAACAGACCCAUUCCACAUGCAGAAGGCAUCCUUGGAUCCAAACCUGUAUCUUGUAGAAGGGUAUGGCAAUAGAACAAAAUAGGAUAUCUCCAAAUUAAGUAUGCUGUACCAAGUAUGUCCAUGUAUUUCAGAUACUGGCAACCAAUAAAAUUUGAAUGGGCACUGAUGCUAUUGUAUGUAUGAUAUUAUCAUACAGACAAGUUUUGUUAAAUCUAGUCACAGAACUAGUCUUUCCACUUUCGGAGAUUUUUAGAUUAUUAUUCUUCAUGACGCAGGCGUCAUGUUGCUGCUGCUGCUAUAGUUAAACACAAACGUUGUUAACUAGCAUGCCAAAUGUUUACUAUGGCACCGCUACUUUUGUCAAGGAUAAUCUCUUUGUUCAUCUGUGGCUGUGUGUGUGCGUGUGUGUAUGUAUCUGAAGAUGGUACUAUGGUUUAUAUUUUCAUUGCUUGAGAGGAGUAGCGCGAUGAGAUACAAGAUUUCUAUCUCCUGCACUAGAAGGCUUCUGUAUCUCUAACUUUGUACCAGGAGAAUGUUAGCUGAUGUAGCUUUGCUUGUCAAUAGAAAAGCUAGUUGCUGAACUUUGCCCUGCUAGGUAAGGCACAGGCAGCUUCCUUUAAAUGUAGGAGUUGGUCAUGAAGCUGAAUGGGAAAACUGUUGGAUGGAAGAAUUGCAUGGAUUUAAGUAUCUGUUUUAUUCUGAAUGUUUAAUACAGUAGAAGGGAUUUGUUUUCUAUUCUCAAGUUUUAUGUUUUGAUACUUUAAUAAUAAAAAGAACUAAUACAUG